AUGUUGUGUGAUCCUAAGUUACGUGGGGCACCUAGACUCAGAGAUUUAGGCGUAGAGUCUCCGCAGGUGUUCCUGGUGUCCAGCUUUAAGCUCCACCUUAUUUGGGCAAUGAGGGCGCCAAAGCACAUCAGGCCGUCAUCAUUUCACCACUGGCUGCAGCAGAACUACACUACAACAUAUAAAGUUCUGAAUGUUAUCCUCAGUGAGCUCGCUGAAGAUGCUCAGAGUGUGUUUGAAAAAGCUCUGGCGGCAGUAUAUCCGUCCGAGGAGCUCCGGGACGACAUUACAUAUAAUGUGGAGAUUCUCCUCGGGCUGUGGCUAGAGAACCCUCCAGAGGAGCUUCGCCGCACCGUGGAAAGUCGGCUACAACGGCUCUUUUCUGGCCUGCCAUGGCUUCUGAAGUCGUUUCCUCCGACCAUGCAGGCUUUUCUCCAGCACACACCGCACCUUCUCUCAGCCACUCCUGCCUCGCUGCCCUACUCGCCGGAUGUGAUCUUGCCCGGCCCGUUGGAGCCAUCUGCGGGGAGGAAACGCCGAUCGCGCCCCCGGCGCGCCACCCCACAGCCGGACGUUCGGGUUUCUAAUUCGCCGGCUGUGGUGAGUGAGGACUCUUUUCCAUUUUCGGACUACUUCUCCAUCAACUCCCCACGCUGCCACCUAGAGAAGUUCUCCAACGACUCUGCCAUAGUCAGCCUCAUCACAGGUGAGGACGACUCAGAGUACAGACAGUGGACUCUGGACUUUGUGGACUGGUGCCAGCAGAACCACCUGCUGAUCAACACCGGGAAGCCAAGGAGGCUCAGCAUGGAGGAUCUAACUAAUGCCGUUAAAAGUGCACUGAAGAAAAAUGAUGCUGCUGCAGCUGUGAAAUUGAUUAAAGAGUUUUUAAAAGACCAAAAUAAUAUUCCACUAAAGAUCGCCAUCACAGGAAAAUCUGGUGCUGGUAAAUCCACCUUUGUUAAUGCCUUCAGAGAGAUGUCCGAUGAUGACGAGGGAGCUGCUCUUACUGGUGUUACACAAACAACCUUACAGCGUAGAGAGUACCCCCAUCCAAACUAUCCCAAUGUUAUGUUAUGGGAUCUUCCUGGGAUCGGCACCAUGAAGUUUCCAGCUGAUGAGUACCUGGAGCUUGUUGGAUUUGAGAAGUUUGACCUCUUCAUCAUCAUCUCAGACACUUGCUUCAGAGAAAAUGAGGUGAAACUCGCAAAGGAGAUUCAGAAGAUAAAGAAAAAGUUCUACUUUGUUCGCUCAAAGAUUGACAACGAUAUACAAGCUGAGAGAAGAAAGAGAGACUUCAAUGAAGGGAGGACUCUUAAAAAGAUCAGAGAAAAAUGUGUUCAAGAUCUUCGAGAACUAGGCAUCCCAUUUCCACAGGUCUUCCUUGUGUCCAGCUUUGAGCGCAGUCUUUACGACUUCCCUUUCUUACGUGAGAUGUUCGAGAGAGAUCUUCAUGCACACAAGAGAGAUGCUCUGCUGUUUGCCAUGUCUGAUAUCAACCAGAAGAUCAUCAACGAGAAGAAAGAAACUUUUCAGUCUAAAAUAACAUUCUAUGCUACUCUGUCUGGAGCUGUAGCAGGAGUUCCACUCCCUGGGCUUUCUGCUGCUGUUGAUAUAGGCUUGAUCAUUAAGGUUGCCAAAGAAUAUGUAGCUGGGUUUGGUCUUGAUAAGCCAUCUCUGGAGAAACUUGCUUCCAGCUCAG